AUGAUCGAAUAUUGCGUUUCUGGCUAUUUUUGGCACAAAUCGAUCAAUGAUGCAAAACCGAGAGGGACGACCCUGCCAUACGGCAAAGAGCACGUUGAUGUCGCGGAUGCUCACAGUAGCUUGAGUCCCACAAAGCCAAAGUUCUUGGGGGAUUUUCAACAGGUUCAGGAGCCUUAUGAACGUCCUUUAGACAGUCAGUUGAAAAUACUUGGACCCGGAUAUGUAGAUGUUGCCAUCGCUCACCACAUCGACUUGCGUGAUCUGCAACAGGCCAAAGACCAUUACGAACGUGCUCUAGACAUUCAAUUAAAAAAGCUUGGACCUACGCAUGUUGAUGUCGCGCGUACUUACCAUAGCCUGGGUUAUGUAAACCUUAACUUGGGUAACCUGCGACAGGCCAUAACAGAUUAUGCACGUGCUCUAGACAUUCGGCAGAGAAUGUUUGGAAUCGAGGAUAUCCAUGUCGCGCUCAGCUGCCAUAACAUGGGUGAAGUAUAUCAGCAGUUAGGUGAUCUGCAACAGGCCCAAGAAUGCUUUGAAAUUGCCCUGCAGAUUCGAUUGAAAAAGCUUGGACCCAACCACAGCGAUGUCGCUCUUUCAUACCAUACUUUAGGUGUUGCACAUCAGCAGCUGGGUGACUUGAGAAAGGCCAAGGAGUAUUACAAACGAGCUCUAAACAUUGCGUCUAUGCACGAGAACCAAGGUAAUGCAUACCUUAACGUUGGUGACCUACAGUUCGCCAAGGAACAUUACGAACGUUCUCUAACUAUUAGGCUCAGAACGCUUCGACUCCUGAGAAAGCAUGCAUUUCUGCAGGUCGCUGUCGCGCGUACUUACCAUAGCCUGGGUAAUGUAAACCUUAGCUUGGGUAACCUGCCACAGGCCAUAACAGAUUAUGCACGUGCUCUAGACAUUCGGCAGAGAAUGUUUGGAAUCGAGGAUAUCCAUGUCGCACUCAGCUGCCAUAACAUGGGUGUAGUAUAUCAGCAGUUAGAUGAUCUACAACAGGCCCAAGAAUGCUUUGAAAUUGCCCUGCAGAUUCGAUUGAAAAAGCUUGGACCCAACCACGAUGAUGUCGCACGUUCAUACCAUACCUUAAGUGUAUUACAUCAUCAGCUGGGUGACUUGAGAAAGGCCACGGAGUAUCGGAAACGAGCUGUUCACAUUGAGUUGAAAAAGCUUUGA